UGUGGAAAUCCCCAAGUACCCAAAGCUGCGGUGGUUCUUCCUCUGCGCACACGUGGCUCUCAAUGGCGGCCAUACCCAGGAUAAGGUGCGGAUUCUUCCUUGGAUUCUUCCCCUCUGCCCCAAUGGCCACACCUGCGCCUACCAGACCCACCCAACAUCAUUCCCCGCACUUCCGCCUGCUUCGGAGCUUCUGCAUUUAUGGAAAUGCAGCUUACACCUCUGGACUUGCUAUUCUCUUCCCCUUCCCUCUGUCUUCUUAUGUGAAAAAGAUAUACAUACACAUAUGGCUACGAUAACAAGCGGCCAUAAAUUGUUCUAUGGAGAAUAUAGUUUCGCCAUUGCAAAAGGUAAACGUGAAUAUGCUUCCUAUGAUGGUGCCUCCUUGCCGCAGAUCGAAAUCAAUAUGAAGAAAGGCAAUGCUGGAUCUCGAUUGGAGAGGAUCAUGAUGGUGUCAUCUAUACUUCUCGGAAAGAAUUUAGGCUCCAACAGUUUCUCUGUUUGCAGGAAUCUUCGAAAGAGGAGAUUCUACCCUGUUCAAAAUGCACAAAGUUCUACUGAAAAGCAUCUGAAGUUUUUAGAUUCUUAUCUUGAAAAGGUUCAUGGUGAUGGUGAUGAUAAUGGCGAUGCCAAGCCGGCUUCUGUGGAAUUCUUUCGCCGUAAAAUGGAAUCAAUUGGUAAAAAUGACCAACAGAAAGCAGACAACAGCCUUAGAUCACUAGAGAAUUAUUUCAGAAAAAUUAGAAGUGAUUUGCAGGCAUCAAUGAACAUCAAGGUCAAUAAAGACCAAGAACAAGCAGUGGAUGGAAUGUUGAAAAAUAAUAUGAAGUUAAAGCUCGAGGAUUUGGAGGACAGGCAGAAAUCUGAAGAAGAUGUCUCUGAUUUCUACAUAGUAGGUAUAUUAGCUUCUAUAAAUAUUGCAGUUUUCUUGUUUGAGUUGGCGACGCCGGUAAAGAACUCGAAUUUUGAGCUCAUGUCACUCCCAAUGGUUUAUGGAGCGAAGUUAAAUACCUCGAUUCUCAUGGGAGAGUGGUGGAGGCUAAUGACACCAAUGUUUCUGCAUUCGGGUUUCUUUCAUAUGUCCCUUGGCAGCUGGAUUCUCCUAACUCUCGGGCUUCAAGUAUCCCAAGAAUAUGGUUCCUUCACUUUUCUACUGAUAUACCUUCUUGGAGGAAUUUCCGGCAAUCUGAUUAGCUAUCUGCAUACGCCGGAGCCAACUGUUGGGGGGACGGGGCCAGUUUUCGCCAUAAUCGGCGCAUGGCUUAUUUACCAAAUUCAAAACAAAGACUUCAUUCCAAGGUCGGCUUCUGACAAAAUGUUCCGGAACGCGAUCAUCAUGACAGCUCUGACAUGUGCUCUGAGCAAUUUUGGUCUGAUCGACGACUGGGCUCAUUUGGCUGCGGCUUUAACUGGCGUAGCAUACGGAUUUUUCACUUGUCCGACUAUACAAGUGAAGGAUGUAUCUUCGGGGCAAAAAAGAGUCAUGCUGGUAAAACAGUACACGGAUCCUUGCAAAUCCCUCGCUUUCUUCUCCGUCUUCCUCUUGCUUUUGUCGUCGUUACUUCUCGUCGUUGAACCUCCGGUGGAUCUUACAGGGUGAAGGUAGUUGGUGUUGUAUAAUAGUGAAGUUUGUUUUUACUAUAGCAUAGAGUGAUAGUAAACGCAGCCAUGUGAGGAACUGCACUUGGACAAGUUAAUUGAAAGUUUAUACAUAAAAUGUAGUUAUACGACGUUAGACAAGUGCUGUACUGUAGUGUACCUGUUAUAUGUAUUUCAAAUUUUGUGUAAUGUGCA